AUGAAGAUUCCCUACAACUCAAACCCAUUUCGCUUCUUCAUCAUCUUCACUGCUUGCUUAUGUAAAUACUUUGCCGUUCAAGAAAAGAAACCUGCACAUUUAAAUAUAUCCUCAAAUUUUGAGAUCGCAACAAAUAACUAUUCCCCUAUACUUGAUAAGCUUCCGAAUCAAGAUGAUGUUUUAAAACUAUUUCAACAAUGGAAGAAAGAACAUGGACGAGUCUACAAUGAUCUAGAAGAGAUGUCAAAGAAAUUUGCCACUUUUGUUUCAAAUUUGAAGUAUAUCGUAGAGACUAAUGCAAAGAGAGACUCACCUAAUAGCGCUUUUCUUGGUCUCACCGACUUUGCUGAUUUGAGCAACAAGGAGUACAGAGAAACAUACAUGACCUUAAACACUGAGUCCAUGGAUUUUUCAAACGACGAUGAUGUUCAGGACGUCACAUGUAGCGAUCCACCUUCCACCUUGGACUGGAGGUCCAGUGGAGCUGUCACUCCUGUUAAAGCUCAAAACGGCUGCGGUUGUUGUUGGGCUUUCGCAUCUGUUGCCGCUAUUGAAGGAAUAGUUGCAAUAAAGACAGGGAAUCUUAUUAGCCUUUCAGAGCAAGAGCUUCUAGAUUGUGUACCUGGUGGAAGUUGUUCUGGAGGACGAACAACCGAUGCAGUGAAUUGGGUAAUAGGAAACAAAGGGAUUGCAUCACGAGCUGAUUAUCCUUAUACGGCUAGCAAGGGUGAUUGCAGAGCCUCCCAGAUUCAAAACAGUCCUGGUAGUGGUAUUGAUUCACGUCAGCCCGUGCAGAGAACAGACAGGGCACUAUUGUGUGCAGUUGCUAAGCAGCCUCUAAUUGUUGUUAUUUAUGGAGACUCACCCAGUUUUCAAAGUUACAAGGGUGGAAUAUUUAAAGGUGAAGAUUGUCCGGCGGAUCCUAAAAAUGUAACUCACGGCAUGGUAAUAGUGGGUUAUAAUUCCGAAAAUGGUGAAGAUUAUUGGAUUGUGAAGAACUCACGUGGGACAACAUGGGGAAUACAGGGUUAUAUGUGGAUCAAAAGGGACUAUAAUAAACAGUAUGGAGUGUGUGGAAUCAAUGGAUUUGCUUCUUAUCCAGUCAAAAAUUAA